GCUGUGAGCUGCACACAGCCCCGUCAUCCCAGCCCUGCCAGAGCCUCUCCUGCUCUGCCCAUUUGGGCUUAAACCACGGCAGGACUCCCCAUGGCACCCCCCUGGCCUCAGGGGCUCUGAGCAUCCCCCACACCCAGAUCUUCGGCCUCAUCCUUUACCAUGACAGCGGCACAUGGAGCCCAGACCCGACAAAAUGAGCCUGAUGGACAUCAACAAGAUGUUCUCCCUGCUGCAGCCCAGGGAUGACGAGGAGGACAGCGGGGAGAGCGAGGAGCUGAGCCGGGCGGUGUGCCAGGACGACCACGAAACGCUGGCCAGGCUGCUGUCCCAGGACAGGUACAGGAGGCUGAUCAACCGGCGGAGCGGCUGGGGCGUGCCCAGCACCCCGCUGCGCCUGGCGGCCGGCCGGGGCUGCGUGCGGAGCCUGCGGCUGCUGCUGGCGCACGGCGCCCAGGUGGACAGCCUGGACGUGAAGGCGCAGACCCCGCUCUUCGUGGCGGUCAGCAACGGGCACGGCGAGUGCGUGCGGCUGCUGCUGGAGGCCGGCGCCAGCCCCGCGGGCAGCGCCUACAACAACUGCUCGCCGCUGCUGCUGGCCGCCAGGGACGGCCACGCGGCCAUCGUGCGGCAGCUGCUGGAGCACGGCGCCGAGGCCAACGUGCGGGCCCGGCUGCCCGAGUGGGCGGCCAACUCGGUGGCCUGCUCGGGCCCGCUGUACCUGGCGGCCGCCUACGGACACCUGGAGUGCUUCCGCCUGCUGCUGCUGCACGGCGCCGACCCCGACUACAACUGCACCGAGCAGAGCGUCCUGGCGCAGAUCCGCGAGCCCAAGACCCUGCUGGAGACGUGCCUGAGGCACGGCUGCCGCAGCGACUUCAUCCGCCUGCUCAUCGACUUCGGGGCCAACGUGUACCUGCCCGCCGUGCCCGCCGGCGGGGCGGCGCCGCGCGGCGAGGGGCUGGAGCUGCUGCUGCAGGCCAGAGCUCAUCCCAAAUCCCUGCUGUCCCAAUCCCGGCUGGCCAUGAGGCGUCUCCUGAAGCAGCCCGGGCGCUUGGCCACCCUCGGAGAGCUGGAGAUCCCCACAGCCCUGGCCAAAUACCUGCAGCACCAGCCGUGAUCCCAGCCUGCCCCAGGGACACCCCUCUGAGCACCCCAAUUAAAAGCUGCCCCACCCCA